AUGGUAAAGCCAGGCUAUAGGCAUUUGAAAAAUCCAUAUAGUGAUCGUAAAGAGUCGAAAGCAAGGGAGAUAAAAAGGUCAUUGACACAUAGAGCUAGAUUAAGAAAGAACUAUUUUAAGCUACUUGAAAAAGAGGGUGAGAUAAAUAACGUUAAUUCUAAUUCUGUUAGCGAGAAUGAUGAAAACAGUGCUAAAGAUGUCAUAGAAGAUCAAGAUAGCAGACUACAUAAUGAAAUCAGGCCGAAGGAGAUUUAUAAGAGAAAUCCAAUUGCUCCAAAACAGAAAAUGACUUUUGCAGAUAGAGCACAGUUAGUAAAGGAAAGAAAGAAGAAAGAUAGAACCGCUAAAUUGAAUGCCAUAAAAGAGAAAAGAAAUGAAGCCGCAAAGAAGGAGGAUGACCGCCAGCUGAAAAGAGACUACUUGACCCAAAAAACUCGAAGAGGACAACCACUUAUGGGGCCAAGAAUCAAUAAUUUACUAGAAAAAAUACAAAAAGAAGCAAAGUAG